UGUGAAGCUGUACAGCGACGGUUGGAGCCUGGAGGAUCAUCAACACACAAUUAACUGAAUAUAUGUGUUGAGAGUAAGCAAAAAAAUAUCAUUUCCAUGGACUCUCAGAUUCUAAAAUUUUCGCCAAUUAUUCCUUCAAGAAAUUUCAUUUUCAACUCCAAAAAAGCAGUUCACAUUCAUGGCCUGUCCAAUACCCAAUUCAGGGUUUCAGCAGCAAGGUCCGUUCAGAAGUCAGAGGAGGAAUGGCGUGCCGUUCUCUCCCCUGACCAAUUCCGGAUUUUGAGGCAGAAAGGCACCGAGAAUCAAGGGAGUGGAGAGUAUAACAAGUUUUUUGGUGUAGGCACCUACCUCUGUGCUGGUUGUGGCACUCCACUCUACAGAUCCGCAACCAAAUUCAACUCACCCUGUGGCUGGCCUUCUUUUUAUGAGGGUCUCCCUGGUGCCAUAAAUCGCAAUCCAGACCCAGAUGGCAUAAGGAUGGAGAUAACUUGUGCUGCUUGUGGAGGCCAUCUUGGUCAUGUUUUUAAAGGUGAAUGGUUUCGUACCCCAACAAAUGAACGCCAUUGUGUCAACAGUAUAUCCCUCAAGUUCAAACCACCGCAAUUUUCUUAAUGCCUAUAUAUAUUUUCACAUAUAUAUAUAUUCGUCCUGACUACGUACAACUUUGAUCUAAUAGUCCAUUCUUUCAUGUAGCUUAGCAACUUCCUGCUAGUCUGUGUAUUAGGUGGAAAGGUAUAGUGAUAUUUUGUUUGUAAUUAUGAUCUGUAUAUGCUUGAUGAUUUUAUUGAAGAUAAGUAAAGAAAUGAGCUAUUUUCAUUCAA